AUGGAAGCUUUCAUACCCGAGUUUUACUACACCCCUAAAACCUAUGGAAUUGAGGGUCUCCGCUUUAAAGGUUUUGAGCUGGAUAACCUUCUUUCAGCAGGUGCAAACUUACAGAAAGCAGAAGAUGUCCCCAAAUCUACCUGGGGGAUCUUCAAGUAUCACAUGAAGCGAUCCAUACUUCUUGGUAUGCUAAAUAUUGUUUCCACCACUGAUGACGAUCCUGUCAAAAAAGCAGAUGGUACUAUUCUAGACUUGGCAAUCAUCCUCCUUAAUCUGCUCACCAAUGUUGUUGCUUGGCUUGAUUCUGUCACUGCAGUUUUUAAUGAUAUUAUGGAUUGGGUCAACAAUGUCACCACUUGGAUCCAGGACCUUGUUCAAUGGUUAAUUGAUCUUCUUCCCUUUGGCUCUAGUAUUAAUAAGUAUCUCUUUCGCUCAAGGUAUUCCGGCUCCAAGUCGUUUGCCUCUUUGAUCAAAAGCUUUUCCUCGCCUUCCAUAUCUAUCAUCCCUCAAAAGAAACGUGUUCCAUCUCCAAUUAACCCAACUGAUGCUUUCUUGGCCUCCAAAAAAAGCAUUGCUCUGGUAAUUCAACCUAAGGAAUACAUUACACCUCCUCCUCCUUUGAUGCCUAAUGAAAAAGAGCGUGGUAAGUUUUCUGCCGAGCAAAUUUCCGCAAUUACUGCUGAAAUAAAAGAGUAUGAACGGAAAGAAAGCGAAUUUUUAGAAGCUGAAACAAACCGUCUUGUUGAAGAAGCUGCUUUGAUGAUUUACUGGUCUUUUGUCUUGAACUUGCAACAUAUUACUCUUUUUGAAAAUAAUGCCUAUCUUUCUGGUAAUAGUACCAAGUUGAUUGAUGCAGUUAAGCGCAAGUUUCAAAGCACUAAUGAAAAAAUGCCCAAUAUGAUUUUUGCCGUUCCUUCUCAAAAAACCUUGUAUGACGUUAUCGGUGGCACUCGCGUUUCUCUUCGCUCCAUGGAAAUGCUUUCCUCCGAAGAGAUUGCACGCGAUGCGCAGCAGCGGUUCCCUCAUACUCCUACCAAUAGUAGCGAGGAUGAAGAUCUUGGUGGUCCACACAAUGUCAAGCUCAAGGUUGUUGUUUUGGAUCGCAAAAAUGGCAAAAGUCUGACCAUGAAGGCUCUCCGUUACACGUGCAAGUUGGUGCAGGAGAAGAAGCUUUUGCCUAUCAAUGUGGAGCACGCUAUGGUGUUGUAUUUGAACCAGUUCCACAUUACUCCUUUCCAGGCUGUUGUAAUUGCUGGUUACCAAUGCAGUCUGGAGGGUCUUCCUCCUUUGUCUGUUCGCCAAAGCAUUGUUUAUUACGAAAAGAGUACCUCCACGGAUCUUACAACCAAUGUGCUUUCCAACGCCAUCAAGUAUGUCAUUAAGGAAAUUAAGAGAGAAGCUGAGGAAGACAACUGA